AAAAUAAAUAAAUCAAUUAUAUUUGCGAAUUAUAAAUAGUCUAAUUAGUGUUUAAUAUUUUGCAAAAUAAGAAAAAAAGAUUUACUUACUAAAAAAAUAUCUUUAAAGCAAGCUAAAUUUUGGGUAUUCUAAUAUAAAAUGAUGUAGCAUUAAAUGAGCAUGCAAAUUCAAAGCUAAAAUCAAUAAGAUUAAAGCUAACAAGCCAACCAAGAUCUUAUGAAUUUUAGGUCUGAUUUUGAAUAAUACUAAAGAUUUUAGUUAGAUCUUGAAUUUGUCAAUAUGCUAGCCAAUCCAUAUUACAUUUUAUAACUUUAAGAAUAUGAUUAUUUUUCAAACGAAAGAUUUUAAAAUUAUUUGAAGUAUUUAUCAUAUUUCAAACAACCUGAAUAUUUCAAAUUCGUUAAGUAUCCACUAGGCAUAAAAAUGCUUGAUUUAAUUUAACAAGACAAAUUUAUUGAAAACUUGAGUAAUAACGGAAUUGAAUUAGCAAAUAAAAUGAAUAUUCAAAAUACUUAUACUAAAUAAUUUUUAAAUUAUUUAGCAAAAAAAUCUAGCUUGUAAAAAGAUAUUAAAAAAGAAGAAAAUUGA